CUCCUUGCUUCCCUGUUCUUCCAAUUCCUAAUCUAACCAGAGACUCUUUUUCAAUUUUUCGCCGAUAUUGGGGGUAGUCGGAUGAGAAUCGAUUUGAAUGAAAAGGAGAGAGAUAAUAACCCCGAGGAGGCGGCAGACGACGUCGCCGGUGAGGAGGUGAGCGGAGAAGAAUCGGAAAUCACCAGUGACCCGUUGAACCGACACGCGUCGGCAGUUCGGUUUCUUUUGGUCCUCGUUCUCGCCGGGACUCGGGAAGUGAGGAAAGGCAGAGGUGGGAGAGUCGUGAAAAAUGGCGGCUUCGACGGCGGUGAUUUGAAUUCAAAGGACUUUUUCGCGAAAACGGCUACGAAUAAGGCGGCGACCUCCGAUGAAUACGAGAAAUCAUCAACGAAUUGGGAAACCCACUCCAGUUUCGCUAAAUCCUCUGCUUGCGGAAAAACCCAUCAAUUUCCCCCACUAAUUAGAUAUGAAAUGAUGUAGGAAUUCCCAUAAAGAGUUCAUCUUUUU